AGCUCAUCUGCUGCCCAAGACGCGGAGCGGAGCGUGACAGGACAGCGGUCUUUGUGCGUAAAAGUGAUCGUGCCCACCAUUCAUUUGUGUCGGUGAUUGCGCAUUACGUGUCGGCACAACCCUCUCCAUCGUCCGUCAGAGCGCCUGCAGGGGGAACCGUGUCUGUCUGUCUGUCCGUUAACGUGUCCGUCCCACUGAUCUUUUGCAGACUGUAAUCUUAUCAGUGUCAAACCGUGGCUACACUCUUCUCUUGGACAGAUCCUCCGUGUCUUUGGAUGGCGGUUGUGCCAAAAUUUGGAUGAAAACUGUUUUUUGUUUGUGUUUUAUUCAAGGAAACUUUUUUAUACAUAUAUCAACGAGGGAAUCAGUUCCGUUAACAGUCACAGGCGCGUUUGAACGUGUGAUACAAUGAACAUUUGACUGUUACCAACUAAAAGAAGACAUGGAAUCUACAUGUAAAGAAAGAAGUCUUUUAUACUUACUUUUCUUUGCAAUUUGCACAGCCAGCGUUUGCUUUUGUGCAAGAAGAUCAAAUGUCCGAAGAUCUGAUCGUCUGAGUCCUCCUCUAGACAUCCAGCUGGAUACCAUCAACUGCACGGCCUUCAGUGUACAAUGGAAGAUGCCUCGGAGACAUGUCAGCACCAUCACUGGAUACAAGGUCUUCUACAAUGAGAUGAAGAAUGGCCGCCCAGUGGAUACAGCAGCCUCGAUGGAGGUUCCUCUGAGUUUGGACAUGCUGACCACUGGCCAGUUUGAUGGACAGGCUAGCUUUGCAGUGGAUAUUGGUAAUUUAAGGGUGAACACUAAGUACAGAGUCAGUGUUGGAGCGUAUGGAUGGGCAGGGGAGGGUCGACCCAGCAUGCCCAGAGACAUCAGCACUGCUUCACAUGACAUGUGCAUGCCCCCUUCACCCCCCACUCAGCUCGUUGUCAUGGCUGUAUCUGACACAGAGCUAGCGUUGUCGUGGCAGCCAGGAGAGAGCGAGGGAAGUGCACCUGUUCUUCACUACCUGGUGGCUUACAUCAGGCCAGAAAUGGACACGGAGUGGACGUAUAUUCGUGAGCCCAUUGAGACCAACUCCAUGGUUCUGAAAGGGUUAAUCCCAGAAACAGAGUACCAGUUUGUUGUCAGGUCGGUUAACGUGCACGGAGUUAGCCCACCCAGCCACAUCAACAACCCUGUGCGCACUCUCGCUCCCUAUGGUGCUUUUCUGCAUCGAGGAGACACUUUCCAGUAUGUGGUGCAGCAGCCUGGUUACAGACUAACAGGUGCAUCAGAUGUUGGCAGUGGUGAUUAUGGAAGUUACAUCACAGACUCCAGGAACAAAGAUGAAGAUGGAUUUGAUAUUGACGACUCUGAUUAUGAUAUCUUUAUUGAAGAGUUGAAGCCAUUCCCAGGUAUCAGUCAGGACAACAGGAAGUCCCAACUCCGAUCACAUGCUGGUCCACCAUCUGGUCGAAACGUUGUUUACCGUAUGAACACUAUCGCUCCUCCUAGUGUUACCACCCCGCCACUUUCAACCACCACCUCGUCCAUCUUACCAGACUUCACAGAUCUGGUUUUCUCAGUCACUUCAGAGCGCAGCAGCACUCCUGACACUCCAUCUACCACCACACUUACCACCACCAGCAUCCCUUUAUCCACCACAACAGCCACUCCGACCAUGUCGCCCUGGAAGGGUGAGGUUCCUCGCGUCUACGAUCUGACCUGCGACGAUACUGUGUGUCCUCCAGACAGUUUCUGCCUCAGCGAUUAUGACGGUGGAGGUUCUCGCUGCCACUGUAACCUCGGACGAAGAGGAGACACUUGUACUGAGGUGGUGUCUGUGAACUUUCCCAGGUUCUAUGGUUACUCUCAUAUGACCUUUGAACCCUUGAAAAACUCUUACCAGACCUUUCAGAUCACUUUGGAAUUCAAGACAGACUCUGAGGACGGCUUGCUGCUAUACUGUGGAGAGAAUGAACAUGGCCGUGGAGAUUUUACCUCUUUGGCUUUGGUUCGAGGCAAACUUCACUACAGGUUUAACUGCGGUACUGGAGCAGCUCAGAUAGUCAGUGAGAGUCGUAUAGUUGUCGGUCAGUGGCACACAGUGACUGUGUUCAGGGAUGGCAUGAGUGGCUGGCUCCGUAUGGACAACGACACCCCCAUAUCCGGACGCUCACAGGGUCAGUACACCAAGAUCACUUUCCGCUCGCCGCUGUAUGUGGGUGGAUCCCCGAGUGCUUAUUGGCUGGUCAGAGCAACGGGGACAAACCGUGGUUUUAUUGGCUGCAUUCAGAGUCUGACCAUCAACAACAAGGCUACAGACAUCAGGCCCUGGCCUCUGGGCAGGGCUCUGAGUGGGGCCGAUAUAGGUGAGUGCAGCGACAGUGUGUGCGAUCUGGUCAGCUGCACCAACGGCGGCGCCUGCUUUGCAAACCGUGCCGAUGGCUACAUCUGCUUGUGUCCGCUCGGCUUCAGAGGAGCACUUUGCGAAGAGAGUUUCUCGCUGUCCUCGCCGCUCUUCAAUGAAACGGUGUUUUCGUAUGCCGCCAUCCCUUGGCCUCAGUCUUCUCAGAGUUAUCUGUCCUUUAUGGAGUUUGAGGUGACAUUUCGGCCGUCGCUGCCUGACGGGGUUCUGCUGUACAGCGAUGACUCAGGCAGCGGAGACUUCCUGGCUAUAAACCUGGUGGACAGAUAUGUAGAGUUCAGGUUUGACUGCGGCUCUGGAGGAGCUGUAAUAAGGAGUGAGGAGCAGAUCAGUCUGGACUCAUGGCAUGAGCUGAGGGUAUCUCGCACAGCAAAGAGUGGCAUCCUACAGGUGGAUAGCCAGAAGCCGAUGGAAGGAGUUGCAGAGGGAGCUUUCACUCAGAUCAACUGCAGCUCACCUCUGUAUAUUGGCGGAGUGCCAGAAUACGAUAAAACCAAGAGGACAGCAGGUGUAAAGACGCCCUUCACUGGAAUUAUUCAAAAGCUGAUACUCAAUGACCGCACCAUCCCAAUAACUACUGGCUCUGCUGGUGGAGUUAAUGUAGCAAAUUCAGUGCAUCCAUGUGUGGAAAGUCCCUGCGCCAAUGGAGGGACCUGCAGGCCCAAGUGGGAUGGAUAUGAGUGUGACUGCCCUCUAGGGUAUGAUGGGAGGCACUGCCAGAAAGAGUGUGGAAAUUACUGUUUGAACACUGUGACUGAAGCCAUCGAGAUUCCACAGUUCAUUGGCCGAAGUUACUUGACUUAUGAAAACAGAGAUAUACUUAAAAGAGUGUCUGGAUCCAGGACAAACCUUUUCAUGCGCUUUAAGAGCACAGCAAAAGACGGCUUGUUGCUCUGGCGAGGAGACAGUCCAAUGAGACCCAACAGCGACUUCCUCUCCUUGGGGCUUCAGGAUGGUGCUCUAAUCUUUAGUUAUAACCUGGGCAGCGGUGUGGCUAACGUUGUUGUCAACGGGACUUUUAGUGACGGAAAAUGGCACAGAGUCAAGGCUGUGAGGGACGGUCAGUCCGGGAAGCUGACUGUUGAUGACUAUGGAGCAAAGACAGGCAGGUCACCUGGCAAGAUGAGACAACUUAACAUCAAUGGACCUUUAUAUGUCGGUGGCAUGAAAGAAAUAGCUCUUCACACAAACAGACAAUACAUUGGAGGCCUGGUGGGCUGCGUGUCCCACUUGACACUCUCCACUGACUAUCACUUAGCGCUGGUGGAGGACGCUGCUGACGGCAAGAACAUCAACACCUGCUCCAACUAGAGAACAGCUUCAACACAACAAGGUCCACAUUCAGUACCAUUUACCAGCUGGACCGUCUGACAUACCAGCACCAAAUCAGUAAAAACAAAAAGGUUUUUUUUUUUGUCGCUGAAUAUACUAAUUCAGACCUAACAUGAUUUAAACGCAAACUGCGAAAAAAAAUACAAUAUUGUUUGAGUUGCAAGAAGUUUGUAAGUUGUUUCACCUGCCAACUUGUAAGGUUUACAGUUAUUGUUCACGUGAUGAAUUCCUCUGGAUUAACAGCUUCGAUUUGCAGCUGCAGCAAACAGGACCACAGGUCAUCAGAGGAUAUUAUAAAGCACAAGCACUCUGUGAAAGCAGAGAAAAAAGCUUAGCAUUGUGGGUGUAUUGUGAGUCUUUGAAUAACCUUCUGAAGGACUUUUUCAUGGGAUGAUUCCAAUUGUAUCUUUAUUUUUUCUACUGUAAAUCCUUAUUUGAUUGCUGGAAGAACCAAGUGAUCCAAGAGAUCAAGACUCAUCACGAACCUGAACUAGAACAGCUAGCAGAGAUAAACGUCUUUAUAGAUGAUUUUUGGUUUUGGCCCUAGAAGGUUUUUGUUGUUUUUUGUUGUUUGUUGGCAUUUGUAUUCUUGUUUGUGAUGUGUUAUCAGUCUGUAGACAGAUACUUUUUCUAAAGUCUGAUUGAUGUCAGUUUUUUAAAGGCGUCUAGUUUGCAACGGUAAAGAUGUCAGCUGCACAAAGUAUUUGUUUUUACCUUCUUUAGUUUACUCUCAGAUAUUAGUCACAUGGAAGUCUGAUGUUGACACGGUGACGGAGUCCAAAUCCUUAGAAACUAUGCAUGACAGUCUGUUACUGUCAUCUGAAAUGAACCACAACACCGUGGACUUCAGCCUUUAAGUUGAGUUGCUUUGUAUCUUUUGUUUUCACAUGAGAAAAAGAAAAAAAAGCAACAUGAUUUCUCCUAUUUGAUCAUUUGAUCACCUCAUAUGCUUCAGUUUUAUCCCCUAAAACGGGCAUUUUGCAAAUGUUCUAUCUAAAUUUUUAUAAUUUAUUUGUCAUUUUAUUUGUGUUGGCCUCAAAAAACUAUAAAUAAGAUGGUUUUACUGAUGAGAGUUUGAAUUUAUGAUAAAUCCAGUCACAAUUUAAACACCUUAUAUGUCUGAACAGCAUUUCAAAAGAGGUGCAUUCAGUGAAAUACACUAUGUAACUGUGGAUUGUGAAUGUACAUAGUAUCUAUUGAGUUUCACCACAGGAUGAUCACAUUGUUCCUCCACUGUAUAAAAUGUAGUUAGUACUGACUAAAUUUGGAACGUGGUAGAAAACUGACUGUAGACUGUAGUAAAAUGCUGUGAUCUGUGUCAGCAUAUGUGUCUGAAGGUCCAUUUAAAGCUGUAGGUUGAUGCUUACUGCUAACUGUGAGGGCAAAUAAUACAAAUUUGUGCACCUGUGUGGAGUUAAAAUGAGAAGCAGGAACAAGCCUGACCGAGAGCACACACAAACAAAGCAUACGGAAGCCUUAAUAUUCCCUUUAAAUAAUCCCCUCAGACUUAAAAUUAACGGUCCUCAAGAGGAGUAUCAAGGUGCACCAUUUGUUAUAUGAAAAAAGACUGAUUGUAGGUAUUUGGAAUGUGCAUAUUUCCAGGCUUGUAGUCUCUCCCCAUUAAAUGAUGAUGAAAUAUGCAAAUCGAGCUGAAUGAAAAAAUCUGCCAUUUGCAUCAUGUAUUAUGUAAAUGGAACACUGUAACAGCUGCCUGUCAGUGAGUUGACAAUUAAUGCUAAUUUAACAGCCUGCUGAUUAAAUACCUUGCUGGACAAAGUUUUGUUAUGGUUUAUAAUGAAUGGUAGUGCUUGAUUGACAUUUUAGUCAGGGAAUGGACUCAGUUCAGACAUCAGAAAGGGUGUGUUUAAGUUUCUAAACCACUUCAUAUAGGAGCUAUUGUCCUUGAUAUUUCAUCACAAUCAUUCUGUGUAUUUUCCACAUCAGUCUACAAUUACAUGGAUGAAUGAAUUUUUUUAUAGUUAGCCCCAUUAUGUCUGCAAUUAUGCCUAGCUUGCGUGCUUACAGGACACCUUGGAUUCAUACAAGCCAGGACCACAGUGCUGCUUAUACAUUUUCAAACAACAAAGAUCAAAACUGAGAAACAAUUUAACCUAUUUUCCCAAUCUGAUCUUCAGACCAACACAGAAUUCAAAAAUCACUGUAAAUAAAUAGAUAUAGGCUAUAUUGUUCCUAGAAAAAUCAGAGUAGAUACCAAAUAAACACUGCAUUUUGCCUGGUUUCCCGAUUUUUCAAGAUAAAGUUGGCAUCAAUGUUCAACCACUAUUCCAGAUUUUCAUAAUUUCUGCAUCAAUUUAUUUCAGUUUGGCAAAAAUCUUCCUACAAAUCAUUGUAAUUUGCUCAGCUCACAUAUAUUCAGUUGGAAAACUGAUUAGUUUUCCUACUGGAUAUUUAUUCAAUGUGCCAAACUUAAUGGAGGAAGAGGAAGAAUGCCACAAAUAAAGAUUAUGGUUUCAGUCAAGCACCAGAAUUGGAGCAAAAUAAAUUUUUCUACCUCACAUGGUAACACAGGAGAGACAGCGCUGUUUUAUGCACAAAGAUAGAAAUGUAGAUUACCAAACAGCCACAGCUGAUUUGUCACAGUUGACAAAUCACAAGGAUCAGCGAUGAGAAAGCUUCCGAAUUCAUUCAGCAGGCAUGGACAAAGCUCUGGCAAAAAGACUGUAUUUCCCAGAACAUGAAAACAAUGUCAACAGUAAGCAUUGUCUCAACAUUUAAGACUGGAAUUCAAGGAGGCAAGCUUGUAAAUGGCCUUGUUUGUCUUUACUUAACCACAGCUCUUCAUUUUAAUUCAGUCUACCUAUUUUGAAACGUUGGAAACACAGCAAGAAAACCACAAAAACUCACACAGCAGUUUGGAACCCAAGAAAGUGGAUUUUGUGCCACACUGUAAAGAAUUUUUAAACUGCAGCACACAUAAAGCCACAGAAAUACAUUGCUCAGUAUAGGAAUGGUCUUCACACAAAGAAUUUAUUGUAUUUUUAAACCGUGUCAUUACUGGACAGGAAUCUGUAGGGCCUUUCAAUCACGAGCCAGGACACAAGGUUUGACUGUUUCAGGAGGUUCUGUUUGUUUUGUGACGUCUUUGUGGCUACAGCAUUGUUCUGUUGUGCUUUGAAAAUAGGUCAGUUUGAUGCAAAACAACCUGUACUAAGUAUUUAUCUACAACACAAGCAGAGAAACUAUGCAUUUUAAGUAUUUUACCUGUGUAUACAUGAAGACUAACAGUGCAAAAGAGAAGGCAGAACAACAUGAGCUUCGUGUUUGGGGAAAAUCGUGGAUGUGUGUUAUUUUUCACUCGAUUAGCUUCCUUAUAGCACCUUUUGUUCAUAAUUUUAGCUCAAAACAGUUGCUACAUAGCGAUAUUAAAUGUAAUUUGGCGAUCUAUCUAGACUCUGAUGAAUCCAGAUCCAGAUAAUGUGUAUUCCCCGAUCAAUAUUCAUUUAUGGUUUGACACAAAGAAGGACAUUGUCUUGCUUCAAUUCAACACACAGCUCCAUUAUAUUAAUGUAACUCCAUCUCUGAUUAAAAUUCUCUGUGUGGCGUAAGCUGCUAGUGGCCAGCCUA